GACUCAGUGAAGCAGAUGAGAACAAAGCCGAAGCCGUCCACACAACGUGAACCAUUCCAGCGUGAGUUAUCUGGAACAGAAGAUGUUUCUGCACAUACACACGAGGAGGUGACAUGGAACUACAACAACGCCGCUUUUAUUGGACCUUCCUACUUUAUCAUGUCUGCCCAGUGCUGUGGAGCUGCCAGGGUUUGUCCGUACGCUUUAAAACCCACCAGGCGUCGUGUGUCAUCAAGGGUCAGAGUUUCAUCCUGAGGGCACAGAUUGACCUGCUAGACGGUGAAAGUCUGACCAGGGUGACAUGGGACCACGCAGCAAAGAACUCUGGGAAGAAUUAUACAGUGGCCGAGUUUCCUCGUAGAACAUCUGAUGAGAAGGUGACAUUAGAGGAACAAGGAGCCGUGCUGAAGAUCAGAGGUUAUCAACCUGCGGACAGCGGCGUAUAUACCAUCACAGUUAUAAACCAAGCCGGACAGAGACGCUCAGCGCAGCAGACAGUCCGAGAGUAUCUGGCAGUGAAUCAUGUGUCCGUGAUGGUGAACGUGUCACACUCCGUUCUUCACUGUAUGGAGGCCUGGGGGUCCGAGCCCACCUUCACCUGGCUGCAUGAGAAAGUGGUGGUGACAGAGGAGGUGGGCCGCGUGUCUGCGGACGGAAGGUCUCUGCACGUCUCCGGCACGUUCUGUGGACACUUCACCUGUGUGGUGAGCAACAAACUGGGCUACAGCUCGGCCACCUACACGGCGGAGGCGUGUGAGCAGGACGACAGACACACAACUGCUGUCGUUGUGUGUUUCUUACUGCUGCUGGCGAUCAUAGCUGCGCGUCUGGCCUUUAUGCUGUGGAGAAGGCAUCAGAGGAACAGAAGACAGCGUUUGUGGGAGUCGUAUGAAAACACACUGUGAGCGCGCUGGUCAGGACUAGCUGACCACAGGAAGUGAUGUCACACCACAGAGGACCAACUUCCUCUUUUUUGAACGCCGUGACAUUGAAAUGACUGGAAACUGAAAAAGCUCAUCGAUUAUCAGUCGCCUCAGAGUUUUGAAAAACAAAUACAGUUUUUUAUUGAUCAUUGCAUUGCAUUUUCGUAUUAUUAAACUUCGUGAAUUAUGCAUUUUUCUUUGUAUUAAUCUGACCAGCAUUUUUAUGUAACCGUAGCAGACUAAUAUCAAAACACUUGACUGUGAUUCCUCAAUUGCCAAAUGCAUGUUUUGGAUGUUAGAAUAAAACCCAUAUUCCCUUAUACACCGUCAUUUUGAAGUUGUCUCCGUU